GUGAACGGUUCUGGAUGGUAUUAUAUAGGCUGCGGUGUGUGCCAUACUAAGGCAACAAAAGGUCCUACAACGCUUAUGUGUAAGAAAUGUGGGAAGAGUGAGAUCGUCGGUGUGCCGCAGUAUCUAUCGAAGCUCUCUGUAUAUGACCAUAGCGAUCAAGCCGUUUUUGUUGUCCUUGGUGAUGCUGGUGAGGAAUUGACUGGAAAGAAAGCUGCUGAGUUGGUGGAGCGAUAUUACGAGGCCAAUGAUAGUGUGGGAGAGGAUCACAUAGUUCCAGUGCCUCAAGCCAUGAUUGAUACCAUCGGACAGACCCGGAAGUUCAUUGUGAAGGUAUCAACCCACAACCUGACUGCCAAGACCCAAACUUUAACUGUGACAAAAGUGCUCCCACUUGAAGCCCCAGAACCCGAAGGCAACGUAGGAGUGAACGUUGGUAAGGAAGGUGAUAGUGAGAGUGAGGAUCAUGCAGAAAAGUUGGUGAAAAGGGGUGCUGAUGGGAUUGAGUCGGAAGGUGUGAAGCGUGCCAAAUGUGGCUAAAGAAGUUGUCUUUACUGGAAUUGUUUUGUUUAAUGCUAAGCUUGGUUUUUUUUUUCUGGAUUUGUGUUUGCAGUUUUAACAAACUUUGCUAUGAUCUGUUUUGCUAAUAAUAUCUAUUAUUAAUCUCUU